UUAGCUGUAUAUUGUUGACGUUUUGCGAUAGCCUCCCUUGGCUUUCUCCUUGCAGAGAAAAUGCCAUUUACAGAAACUUUCAACCUUCCUGCUCGUGAUGAGCUCAUGAUGCAGGAAAUUAAAUUAACAUUUCCUGCUAUGAAAGCUGCUAGUUUGCACAUGGGCAAAUAUUGUGAUGAUCAAAGUAAAGAGUUCAUGUUGUGUAAGUCAGAGAAUGGGAAAGAUCCACGUCCAUGUUUAAAUGAGGGCAAAGAGGUUACCCGUUGUGGUAUGGAGUUCUUACAGAAAGUAAAGAAAAGCUGCGCAGAAAGCUUCACUGACUAUUGGAAAUGUCUUGAUACGCAGCAUGAAUUAAAAUUUAGAUUUUGUAGGAAAUAUCAGACCAUAUUUGACAAUUGUGUGGAGGAGCAAAUAGGACUAACUAGACCCGAUAUAAUGCACUUUAUGAAGAUUCGCCUACAUAAAACGAAUAGACCGAAACCUGAAGAGCCAGAAUUACCUGCCCCGUUAGCAGAUCCAGAUCUUAACAGAGAACCUAGUAAUCCACACUACAGACGCUACGGCUUUUCUAAAUAAUUUCUUGGACAAUUUCGAAACUGUAUUUCUGAAAAGAAAUAAUAUUU